UGCCAGCCAGCCAGGGAGCUGUCAUCUUGGAGGGAGCUGGGCCUGGAGUGGAGCCAAAGGUUUGGCAUGGAGAGAAUGACACCUAGGGGACCACCUGGCCAUCCUCACCAGGGGGAGACCUCUGCCUGCUGGCAGCUCACCGUGAGGGUCCUGGAGGCACGGGGCCUGGGCUGGGCUGACCUCUUGAGCGAAGCAGACCCCUAUGUGAUCCUACAGCUGCCAACCUCACCUGGAACAAAGUUUAAGACCAAAACGGUCACCAACUCCAGUCAUCCUGUGUGGAACGAGACCUUCACUUUCCUGAUCCAAAGUCAGGUCAAGAAUGUUCUGGAGCUGAGCAUCUAUGACAAGGAUGACUACAAGACGGAUGACGCCUGCUUCAAGGUUCUCUGUGAUGUCUCUGAAGUCCUCCCUGGCAGGUUGCUCCGGAAGACCUUCUCCCUGCAUCCCCAGGGACCGGAGGAGCUGGACGUGGAGUUCCUGAUGGAGAAAACGUCAGGCUGCCCAGAAAACCUCAUCACCAACAACGUGCUUGUGGCCCGAGAACUGUCUUGCCUGGAUGUUCACCUGGACAGCACGGGGAGCACAGCCGAGGCUGCAGAUCAGGAUGAGCUGGAGCUGGAGCUGGUGCUGAAGGGCUCAUAUGAGGACACACAGACAUCUGCCCUGGGAACAGCCUCUGCCUUCCGCUUCCACUACAUGGCAGCCCAGGAGGCAGAGCUGAGUGGGUGCCUGAGGACCUCUAAAAGCAACGGCUGGAACUCAGGCAACUCAGAUGCGUACCUCACUGUACCCCUAAGGUCCUUGGCCAUGGGGGAGGAGGUGACAGUUGACGUUCCUGCUACAAAUGCCCCAGGAGUGAAGCUGCAGCUCAAGGCUGAGAGCUGCCCGAAGGAGCUGGCUGUACAUCUGGGCUUUGAUUUGUGUGCGGAGGAGAAAGCCUUCCUGAGCAGGAGGAAGCAGGUGGUGGCCAAGGCCCUGAAGCAGGCCCUGCAGCUGGACAGAGACCUACAGGAAGAUGAGGUCCCCGUCGUGGGCAUCAUGGCCACAGGAGGAGGUGCCCGGGCCAUGACCUCUCUCUAUGGCCAUCUGUUGGCCCUGCAGAAGCUGGACCUUCUGGACUGUGUGACCUACUUCAGUGGCAUCUCGGGCUCUACAUGGACGAUGGCCCAUCUGUAUGGGGACCCUGAGUGGUCGCAGAGGGACCUGAAGGGACCCAUCGGACACGCCCGGGAGCACCUGGCCAAGAGCAAGCUGGAGGCCUUCUCUCCUGAGCGCCUGGCGAGCUACUAUCGGGAGCUGGAACAACGGGCUGAGCAGGGCCACCCCACGACCUUUGUGGACCUGUGGGGUCUGGUGCUGGAGUUUGCGCUGCACGGACAGGUGAUGGAUCAGAAGCUGUCAGGACAGAGAGCUGCGCUGGAGCGGGGCCAGAACCCUCUGCCCCUCUACCUGAGCCUCAAUGUCAAAGAGAACAACCUGCAGACCCCGGACUUCAAGGAGUGGGUCGAGUUCUCCCCCUAUGAGGUCGGGUUCCUGAAGUACGGCGCCUUCAUCCCCUCUGAGCUCUUCGGCUCGGACUUCUUCAUGGGGCGGCUGAUGAGGAGGAUCCCUGAGUCCCGCAUCUGCUUCCUGGAAGGUAUCUGGAGCAACAUUUUCUCCCUGAACUUGCUGGAUGCCUGGUAUAACCUCACCAGCUCCAGUGAUGCCUGGAAGCAGCACAUCAAGGACGAGAUCAGGAGCCUGGAGGAAUCUCCUCCCUCCUCGGGGACCUCCUCAGGGCCGGAGGCCUUAUGGCUCCAGCCUGGAACAGCGCUAGCCCAAAUGUUGAAGGGCUUCCUGACGAGCAGACCACUCUACCAGCACAGCUCCAACUUCCUCCAGGGCCUCCAGCUGCACCAGGACUACCGUGCCCAGAAGGACUUCUCCACCUGGGCAGACAGCCAGGUAGACUCCUCCGCCAGCCAGCUGACCCCACAGGAGCCCCAGCUCUGCUUGGUGGAUGCCGGCUACUUCCUCAACACCAGCUGUCCCUCCAUGUUCCGGCCAGGCCGCAGGCUGGACCUCAUACUAUCCUUCGACUACUCUCUAUCCUCGCCCUUUGAGGUGCUGCAGCAGACGGAGCUAGACUGCCGGGCCCGGGGGCUGCCGUUCCCCCGUGUGGAGCCCAGCCCUCAGGACCGACGCCAGCCCUGGGAGUGCCACCUCUUCUCAGACCCCACCUGCCCUGAUGCCCCUGUCGUGCUUCACUUCCCGCUGGUAAACGCCUCCUUCAGGGACCACUCAGCCCCAGGUGUCCAGCGCAGCCCUGCAGAGCUCCCGGCCGGCCAGGUGGAUCUCACGGGGGACAACUCCCCCUAUUCCAUGUUCAACAUGACCUACAAGGAGGAAGACUUUGACCGCCUGCUGCAGCUCAGUGACUACAAUGUACGGAACAGCCAGGGCACCAUCCUGCAGGCUUUGAGGACCUCUCUGAGGCACCGGGCCCCGGGGGCCAUGCCUCCAGGGCCGCAGACUUGAGACUUCUCGGGGUCCCCAAGAUUUGAGGGCCACACUCUGAUCCUGGGGGCUUAACCCACCUGCAGUGGGUACAGCCACGGCCCUCACGGGGCUGGAGUUCCCGGGCUCUCCCAGGCCUGGGCCGCCUCUGCGGCUGGUCUCAUCGCCCAGAGGGGCUGUGUCCCACCCAGAGUUCUCCCUCACCUUCAUAGCUGGUUUGGGAGGAGCUGACAACAAACUCCUUACCAGGCCAGCAUAUAGAACAGCUGGUUCGACCAAACAUUUACACGUAGUUCUUUUCACACCUGAACAGAAUGGAGUUGAGGUGCAAGCUGGAGGUGCCAGGCCAGGAGUGGAGACAGGCAGGGCAGGGGAGGGCCUGGAAGGUGGCUCCAGGUAUCAGGAAUCACAGUACGUCCUGACAGGCUCCCCUUACUGCCUCCGCUUCUCUCCUCUUAUACUAUUUUUACGCAACUGUAGUGAGAUAUAAUCCACAUGCCAUAUAAUUCAUCCAUCUAAAGUAUGCAAUUCAAUGGCUUUUACUAUAUAUUUAGAGUUGUGAAAGCAUCGCCACAAUCAAUUUCAGAACAUUUUCAUUAACCCAAAAAGGAACCCCUCAUCCCUACACUGUCAACCUCAAACCACACCCACUCCAGCUCUAGGCAACCACUAAUCUACUUUCUGUUUCUUUAGAUUUGCUUAUUUGGGACAUUCCAUAUAGAUGGAAUCAUAGAAUAUGUAGCCUUUUGUGUCUGGUUUCUUUCACUUAGCGUAAUAUUUUCAGGAUUCAUCCAUGAUGUAGCAGGUAUCAAUACUUCAUCCCUUUUACGGCUGUGUAAUACUCCACUGUAUAGAUAUACCACACUUUAUUCAUGGGCUGAUGGACAUUUGGAUUGUUUCUGCUAUUUUUGGUUAUUAUGAAUAAUGCUGCUAUGAACAUUCAUGUACAAUUCUUUUGUGUGGACAAUGUUUUUAAUUCUCUUGCAUGUACACCUAGGAGUGAAAUUGCUGGGCCAUAGUCUUUUGAGGAACUGCCAGACUGUUUUCCAAAGUACCUGCAUCAUUUUACAUUCCUGUCAGCAUUGUAUGAGGGUUCCACUUUCUCCACAUCUUUGCCACCUCUUGUUACUGUCUGUCUUUUUUAUUAUAACUAUCCUAGUGUGUGUGAAGUGGUAUCUUGUAUGUGUUUCCAUAAUGUUGAUGUUAAGGAUCUUUUCACAUAUUUAUUGGCCUUUUGUAUAUCUUUUUUUUUUCAUAAAUGUAUGUAUUUAUUUUUGGCUGCGUUGGUUAUUCAUUGCUGUGUGCGGGCUUUUCUCUAGUUGCAGCGAGCGGGGGCUACUCUUCGUUGCAGUGUGCAGGCUUCUCAUUGCAGUGGCUUCUCUUGUUGUGGAGCACAGGCUCUAGGCAUGUGGGCUUCAGUAGUUAUGGCACGUGGGCUCAGUAGUUGUGGCUCAUGGGCUCUAGAGCGCAGGCUCAGUAGUUGUGGCACACAGGCUGAGUUGCUCCACAGCAUGUGAGAUCUUCCUGGACCAGGGCUUGAACCCGUGUCCUUUGCAUUGGCAGGUGGAUUCUUAACCACCGUGCCACCAGGGAAGUCCCUGUAUAUCUUCUUUAGAGAAAUAUCUAUUCAGAUCUUUUGCCCAUUUUAAUUGGAUUAUUUGUCUUUUUGUUGAAUUGAGAAAGCUCUUCAUAUGUUCUCUGAUUUGAUAUAUGAUUUGCAGUGUUUCUCCCAGUCUGUGGGUUGUCUUUUCACUUUCUUGAUGAUAUCCUCUGAAGCACGGAAGUUUCUGAUUUUGAUGGUUCCCAGUUUAUUUAAAUUUUCUUUUGCUGCUUGUGCUUUUGGUGUCGUAUUUAAGAAGCCAUUGCCUAAUCCAAGAUCAUGAAGAUUUACACCUAUGCUUUCUUCUAAUGGUUUUAUCGUUUUAGCCCCUACAUUUAGGUCUUCCAUCAUUUUGAGUUAACAUUUGUAUAUGUGUGAAGUAGGGGUUCAACUUCAUUCUUUUGCAAGUGAAUAUCCAGUUCUUCCAGCCAUUUGCUGGAAAGGCUGUUCUUUUCCCAUUGAAUUGUCUUGACACCUUCAGUUGAAAAUCAUUUAGCUGUAAACGUGAGCGUUUAUUUCUGGACUCUGAUUCUAUUUCAUUGAUCUGUUUGUCUAUCCUUAUGCUCAUAUCACAGUGUCUUCAUUACGGUAGCUUUGUAGUAAGUUUUGAAAUCAGGAAGUAUGAGUCCUCCAACUUUGUUCUUUCUUUUCAAGAUUGUUUCGGCUAUUCAGGGUCCCUUGAAUUUCCAUAUGAAUAUUAGGAUUAGCUUGUCAAUUUGUGCAAAGAAGAUAGCUGGGGAUUUUGAUGGAGAUUGAAUUGAAGCUAUAGAUGAAUUUGGGGGGCACUGCGUCUUAAUUUUAAGUUUUCCAGUUCAUGAAGAUGUGCUGUCUUUACAUUUAUUUAGGUCUUUAAUUUCCUUCUACAAUGUUUUGUAGUUUUCAGUGAGCAAGUCUUACACUUGUUUUGUUAAGUUUAUUCCUAAGUAUUUUGUUCUCUUUAAUGCUAUUAUCAAUUGAGUUCUUUUCUUAAUUUUCUUUUUGAAUUGCUCAUUUCUAUUAUAAAGAGAUAAAAUUGAUGCUUUUGUAUAUUAAUCGUGCAUCCUGUAAUCUUGCUGAACUUGUUUAAUGGCUCUAAUAGUUUUCUCUUUUUCUUUUUUGACUCCUUAAGAUUCUCUACAUAUAAGAUCAUGUCACCUGCAAAUAGAGAUGGUUUUACUUCUUUAUUUCUGCUCCAGAUGCCAUUUAUUUCUUUUUCUUUUCCUGACUAGAACAGUAUAAUGUUGACUAGAAGUGGCAAGAGCAGACAUACUUGUCUUGUACAUAAUAUUGGAAGGAAAGCAUUUUUUCUUAGAUGCCCUUUAGCAGGUUGAGGUAGUUCCCUUCUAUUCCUAGCUCCUUUAGUGUUUUUUAUCAUGCAAGGUGUUGAAUUUUGUCAAAUGCUUUUUCUGUGUCUAUUGAGACAAUCAUAUUUUUUCCCCUUUAUUCUUUAAUGUGCUAUGUGGCAAUAAUGGAUUUUUUGGAUGUUAAACCAACUUGGCACUACUGGGAUAAAUCCCACUUGGUCAUGGUAUAUAAUCCAGUUUAUGUAUUGCUACUAUACUCACUUAUGAUCUCCCACACUCAAAGGGGACACACACACACACACUCACAUACAACUCUGGCUGCCCUGGCAGCAUGUAGGUGUCACAGUGACAGACCGUGGCCCUCAUCGGAUGACCUCUCCUCAGGACAUCCUUCCCUCUGUCUCUCAUGUAUUUGGCUUUAUUUUGAUUCUACAAUUUCUCCAUUUUAUCACAAACUCUUAUUUUUCAGUGAUGUCGAUGAUGGUAUCUACUGGCUUGAGUAGGAAAACACACUCCAGUUUCUCCUUUAUUUCUCAAACAGAACACCUCUGACACUUCUGGUCACCAAAGGAGUGGGGCUUUCUUCCACACCAAGCGAUUCUCUGCAACAUCAGCUGGGUGUCCUACAAUUCACCUCAAUUCUGACACUAUCUACCUGGAGUUAGCGUCAGAUCACAGGUUAAGGGAUCAGCCCCAUGAGACUGCAUCCGCUUCACGUGUCAAUUGCAAGUCCCAGGUUGUUAUCUGUAUUUCUGACUAGCCAGCUAUAAGUUAGGGUUCCCAUGACCCCUUUCUGGGAUUCGAUAAUUAGCUAGAAUGGCUUACAGGAUACAGGGAAACACGUUUACCAGUUUAUUCGAUACAGAUGAACAGCCUGAAGAAGGACAUAGGGUGAGGUUCGGAAGGCUCCCAAGUGCAGGAGCUUCUGUCUCCGUAGGGUUGGGGGUGUGUGUGUGUGCAAAGCCCCUACAUUGCAGUGGAAAGAGAAUGCUUUUACAGAGAGGAAAAGGAAGCUGGGAGGGCUCUAGUAAGCAGAGUCCAUGGCUUUUCAUUGGCUGAGUCCUUGCCAGGAAAGGAGUCUUUCUUCUUCCUGUUGGUCUCUGCUAUUGUUCAUAGUGCAUGAGAACACCCCCUUCUGGCCUCCCGACUCUACCUGAGGUUUCUGUUUAUUAAUUUUUUACACUGUAAAUCACCUCAUACAAGCCCAAAUCCUACAAUAAGCCCCUCCUACCUCCUACUUACUGAGACACUCCAUGGUUCCCCACAGUGUACGUUCUCCUUGGUUGCAACAAGUACCAAUAAACUCAAAU